UUUGGGCGCUUGUCCGUGAGGACUGCGGCCUUCUCCGGACCACUAUGCUUGCUUGCAGUCGACGUGACACACACAGAGCGCACGCCAAACGAGAGACUCCAUCGCGUCGAAUCGGAUCGAUCCUCGCAGAUCCCUCUUCCGUGCGGUUCCUCGUCCCGUGCAACGUCUCUCGGCGACGAUUCGAGGCUGCGGGUCUUGCAUCCUCCGGCUGCGCAACUCAAUCCCUAUACAUCGUUCGACCUGGCUAUUUGGAGGUCUUCCGUUUUAAUCUUGGAGUGAGUUACCAGUGGAGACUUCCCGACUUCGACUUCCAGGUGGAUCAUCAAAUUAUCAUAUUCAUGAUGCCACGCAUGCCUGUAGAAAUUUUUUAAGGAUCUUUUCUCUUGGAGCUAAGGAGUACCCUGCAAAAGCUUGAUCUUUUGUGACCCUUGUCUUAAAGUUAGAUUUUUGGCUUGGUCAAUAAUGGCAGCAGGGCCUGCUUGUACACUUAACCAUCUUACAUGGUGGUCUAGCCCUGGGGAUUCUUCCCUUCCAGUUGUAGGUAAAGAGAAAGAGAUAAAAGCAAGUUGGUAGAGUGAUGUACAAGCUCUGAAUGUUUCAAUAUAAUCUGAUGGAUGCUAGUAAAGGAGUUGGCUCAGCUGACCAAAGACCCAAACAAUGUCCAGCCAGCUCUGCUGAUGCUAAUGUUAGACUACCAGAGGUCACUGCAUCAGGUGCUGUGAGGCCUGUUCUAAAUUACUCAUCUCAGACAGGUGAGGAGUUUGCUCUUGAAUUUAUGAGAGAACGGGCCAUGCCCAAGAAGCCUACUGUCCAAAAUGCAAGCAAUGAUCAAAAUAUGAUCACUAAUAACGGAGACAUGAAAUGUGGAAUGAAUAUACCACACAUGGGGUCUGAAAGUAUGAAAGAUCCUUUAAAGCUUGUGACUGGAGAUGAUUGUCAAUUGAAGGAGAUUGAAAAGAACUUCUCUGAUACUGAACAGAAAGGUCAUUAUGCAUCAUCAAGGUCAAUACAACAAAUAUCAUCUGGUGAGGGAAGUAGUCGAACAGUGUCUAAUGGGUAUACUCCUGCACAAGCUUCUGAUAUCUCAUCCAGAAGGAUGAAAUUCCUCUGCAGUUUUGGUGGUAAAAUCUUACCUCGGCCCAGUGAUGGAAAACUGAGAUACGUGGGAGGUAAUACACGUAUCAUACGAAUAAGCAGGGAUAUUUCAUGGGAAGAAUUCAUGCAAAAGACAAUGGCAGUAUACAGUAGGCCUCAUACCAUCAAGUAUCAAUUGCCUGGGGAAGAUCUGGAUGCAUUGAUAUCUGUUUCAUGCGAUGAAGAUCUACAGAAUAUGAUGGAGGAAUACAAUGUUCUUGAAGGUGGUGAGGGAUCACAGAAACUCAGAUUGUUUCUAAUUACUCCAGAUGACGUUGAUGAUGUACACUUCAGCUUGGGUAGUGCGGAUGGUGAUUCUGAGAUCCAUUAUGUUGUUGCAAUCAAUGACAUUGAUUUAGGAUCUGGAAAAUCCUCAUAUGGACAUGGAUUGGCAAGUACUUCAACAAGUGACUUGGAUCAGUUACUUAAUCUUAAUGUUGAAUCUGGAAGAGCUAAUGCUUACACGGUUGCGGCUCAGUCAGCUGGAUUUAUUACUGCACCUGUAGCAUCUCCUGCUGCAUUUCCUUCAAAAAUCCAAUCAAGCUUAUCUGCUCACUAUGAUAGCCAUCCGCAGGGUUUUGAGGAUCAUAGAUACCAUUAUGUUGAAGGUGAACAGUAUGCUUACAAUUCCAUCAAUCCACCUGAUAGAUAUCAGAAUUUAGAUAGCAUAAUGUCCAUUCCUAUGUCUGUAACAUCUGAUUAUCAAUAUAGAUCCAAUUAUACAGACAUUGGUUCUUCUGUUCAGCCAGUUCAACAAUUUCUUUAUCAAGGCAUCGCUCAAGCUCCAUACAGUGGUAUAAGUCCAUUUGAUAAAGAGCCUGUGAAAAUGGAUUUGAAACUGGCGGUUGAUGACUUCUUUCAGAGGAAAAUGGAAGGUAAACAUGUUGGUUCCCAUGAUACUGAACCUAUUUCAACCAUACAGCAACAUGAUGCUUCAGUUUCAAACUGUUUGCAUGCGAAAAAUACAAAUGUUGUUUCUGUACCAGAGAAUUUAACAUCUGUGCUACACUUGAAAAGUAAAGGGAAACAACUGGAGCCUGCAUCAGUCUCAUCAGCCAUUUCUGUGACUGUUGGACAUGGUUCUGAUCUUAACAUAGAUGACCACUACCCCUCUAGUGAAACUUUGACGUCUGCUUAUUAUGAUGAUGAAGCUGAUAUGACUGAGGGAAACUCCAAGAAUCCACCUUCAAACCCUUCCCGAGGUUAUCAAUCUGAGAGGCUUCCUAGGGAGCAAGUGUUCCUAAAUCGGCUUUCUAAAUCUGAUGAUUCCAGUGGUUCUAAUUAUCUGAUAAAUCAGGCAUGCUUGAUUGCAGCCCAAGAAUCUGUUGCUGAAGCAACUGACACCAUACUUGAGGAAGAGCUGGGUGCACAGACUGAGAAGCCGCUAUCUUCUGCGAAGCCACCACGCCCUAGUAAUGCAAGUAUUGAAGAUAAGAAAGUGAGAAAUGCAAUCAAUCAAGCUAAUAAAUUCAGACAUGUCUCUAUUGUAGAGGGUUUGGAAACUGCAAAAUUUUCUCAACCUAUGACCCCAUUAAUUAAUCAGGAUGUGUGUGAUCCAGAUGAAGUUGUACCAAAAUCAGUUGUUCAGACAGGACCUCAUCAAACUGAUGUUAUCAUUGAUGAGAAAACUUACAAACAAGCAAAGAAGAUUCAUAAACCUGAGUUUCAACUUGCACCUUCAAAGUUUGUGUCCGAUAAGACUACAGUUGUUGAAGAUGGGAUUUUGCAGGAAACCAGUAUGAGCAGACACAUGCAAAAGGUCACAAAUGUUGGUGAUACAGAUAUGACCAAAAUCAAUAUCAGAGAAGCAUAUGUUGCUGGAGCUCUCAUUAAGCCCCAGGAAGGUCCUUCUGUAAUUCAGAAUAUUCCGUGGGAUGAAAAACCUAACAAUGAUACGUAUAACAAUGAUGUUGUUGAGCCAGCUUUUACUUGGGUGGAAACUGCUGUUGGAGCUGCAUCUCAGGAGGAAUCUUCUGCUCCCUCCCUGGAACAACGAGAUAUUCUUGUUGAUAUUAAUGACCGGUUCCCUCCUAACCUGCUCUCUGAUAUCUUUAGUAAGGCCGGGAAUGCUGAGAAUCUCUCAAAUAUAAAUCUCCUGCGUAAAGAUGACACUGGACUAAGUCUGAACAUGCAAAAUCAUGAGCCAAAGCGUUGGUCUUUCUUCAGAAAUCUGGCCCAGGAUGAGUUUAAUUGUAAAGACUUUUCUCUUAUGGAUGAAGAUCACAUUAAUUACCCAGCCUUUCUUCCUACGGUGGAAGAAGGGAUUUCUAGGCCAUAUCAGUUUUCACCGUUGGAAAAUGAGAGAGCUGAUUUUGGUCAAAUUGAUUCACAAAUUGAUUUCAGUGAGGAAAUGCAAGAUUCAUCCAGUACCGUUGUUGAGGAUCCUAAUGUUCUGCACCCAGGUUAUAUUCCAUCACAGGUGUCUCAUCAUCUUGGAAUGGACAAGGUUGAAGGGUUGCAGGUAGAGAACCCUUUUACAAAGUUAGGAGAGACAUUAAGAAUGCACAUGUCAGAGAAUGAGGAAUUAAAGUUUGAAGAUGGGGAAGAUGCUGAGCCAGUGGCAAAUGAAAUCGCGUAUGAUUUUGAUCUUAGUAAUUUGCAGGUAAUAAAACAUGAGGAUCUCGAGGAGCUUAGAGAACUGGGUUCUGGCACUUUUGGUGCUGUAUAUCAUGGAAAAUGGAGGGGUACUGAUGUGGCUAUAAAACGGAUAAAAAAGAGCUGCUUCACUGGACGAUCCUCUGAGCAGGAGAGGCUAACUAUGGAGUUUUGGCGGGAGGCUGAAAUUCUCUCCCAACUUCAUCAUCCCAAUGUGGUGGCUUUUUAUGGUGUUGUAAAAGAUGGACCAGGGGGAACCAUGGCAACUGUCACGGAAUUCAUGGUUAAUGGUUCUCUUAGACAUGUUUUACUGCACAAGGACAAGUACCUUGAUCGUCGUAAAAGACUUAUCAUUGCAAUGGAUGCUGCUUUUGGGAUGGAAUAUUUGCAUUCUAAAAACAUUGUACAUUUUGAUCUGAAAUGUGAUAACUUGCUAGUAAAUCUUAAAGAUCAGUCACGUCCCAUUUGUAAGGUUGGUGAUUUUGGUUUGUCAAAAAUUAGACAAAAUACUCUAGUCUCCGGUGGUGUCAGAGGCACACUACCAUGGAUGGCUCCAGAAUUAUUAAAUGGAAGCAGCAAUAAGGUGUCUGAGAAGGUAGAUGUGUUCUCUUUUGGCAUUGUUAUGUGGGAAAUUCUCACAGGGGAAGAGCCUUAUGCCAAUAUGCAUUAUGGUGCAAUUAUAGGAGGCAUUGUGAAUAAUACAUUAAGGCCUCCAGUGCCAGCCACAUGCGACCCAGAAUGGAGAAGGCUAAUGGAGCAGUGCUGGGCUCCUGAUCCCUUGCAAAGGCCUUCCUUCUCCCAAAUAGCUGGUCAUUUGCGAGCUAUGUCUGUUGCCAGUCAGGUGAAACCGACCAAGUGAGAGUAUGCAAACACUCUUAAUCCUAUGGUGAAUUAUUUUCUACCACUUAAGCUGAAUUAUUUAUUGUAUAGGAGGUAUCAUUUGUACUGUUGAUUGUCUGCACUCUGCAAUAUAUAUGUGCAUGAUGUGUGUGUGUGUGCUGCUUAGAUUAUUGCUUUGCUUAUAAGGAAUUCUUUUUUGUAUGAGAUGUAGUAUGGUUUGCACUAUAGAGGAUCUUGUCAUCAUGUAACAUGUAUUUAGUCUGUAUUUAGUGAAGUUAUAUUAAUUUGCUCGCAUAUUUAUUAUGGAGCUUAUUAUAUGUUAGAUGAUUUUGAUA